UGCCAGUCAUGGUGGAUAGGACACUUUGUACGGGCAAAAUAAUAACCUCGAAUAGGAGUUAAGGAUUGCACGUAUUAUUGCUGACAUCUGUACGGCGCCUUUUAUUUCCUUGCCUGGUUUGAUCUUCAUUACACUUGUUUUAAGUGUUUUCGGGCAGUAAGAAACCUGGUGUUUAUCGCACAGAUGUGGAUCUAGUAGCUGCUCCGGAAUUCAUCACAAGCCCACCAUCAUUAACAUCAUAUUAUUUUUCCGGAGGGGUUGGAUAUCAGAACAGACACCUGUUGGAUGAUUUCCACCCUGAGCAGACCAUGAUCUGAAGGCCCUACCAGGAGGCCACACUUUAUUUCCUUCCUUCCUUCAUUCCUUUUUUUUAUCAGAGGAGGAUACGGGUGAGCCCAGCUGCCUUAGACAGGUGGAAAACAGUGAGAGAGAGACUCUCUCACACACGCAUCUUCAUACACAGAGGCGAUUAGUCGCCGUUAGUGCUCUUGUGACUGCCUCGAGACAACCUAAAUUUUGACUUCUGACCUCACCUCACCACACCCUCAACCUUGCCCCCACCCCUGCUCUGCCAAUCACAGCAGCCAUGGGGAGAAAAAAGAUCCAAAUUCAGCGAAUCACAGAUGAGCGUAACAGACAGGUGACCUUCACCAAACGGAAGUUUGGUCUGAUGAAAAAGGCUUACGAGCUAAGUGUGUUGUGUGAUUGCGAGAUUGCCCUCAUUAUUUUCAAUCACUCAAACAAGCUCUUCCAGUAUGCCAGCACUGACAUGGACAAAGUACUACUUAAAUACACGGAGUACAAUGAGCCGCACGAAAGCAGGACUAAUGCAGACAUCAUUGAGGCUCUGAACAAGAAAGAGCAUCGGGAUUCAGAGAGUCCAGACCCAGAGGAGCCAUUCUCCCUCACACCUCACACAGAGGAGAAGUACAAAAAGAUAGAUGAGGAGUUUGAUAAAAUGAUGCAGAGCUAUAGGCUAUCAUCUACAGUGCCACCACCAACUUUCUCCAUGCCAGUCACAGUGCCGGUGUCCAAUCAGAGCCCUCUGCCAUUCAGCAAUCCCAGCAGCCUCGUCACCACUUCCUUUGUCACCUCCACCCUCACAGACCCACGCCUGCUGUCACCACAGCAACCCCAGCUCCAGAGGAACACAGUGUCUCCCGGCUUACCACAAAGACCUGCUAGUGCAGGUGCUCUUCUGGGAGGUGACCUCAACAAUUCAAAUGGAGCGUGCCCGAGCCCUGUGGCCAACGGUUACAUCAGUGCCAGGGCCUCCCCAGGACUCCUCUCAGUCUCCAACGGCAACAGCAUGGGGAAACUAGUCCCGGCUAAGUCUCCCCCUCCGCCCGGCACUCAGAUGGUGAACAGUCGUAAGCCGGACCUUCGGGUCAUCACCUCUCAGAGCAGCAAAGGCCUAAUGCAGCUGACAGAUGAGGAGCUGGAGUUGGUGAGUGAGAAUGCUCAGCGGUUAGGCACCUCUCAAGUGACACAGCCUCUUACCACACCGGUGGUUUCCGUGGCAACGCCGAGCCUCCUGACUCCGUUCUCCAUGCCAACCUCCUACAACACAGAGUACCAGCUAACAAGUGCAGAUCUCACAGCCCUCCAGGCCUUUACGCCAUCAGGUGCACUGUUGCCAAGCAACAUGACCACUUGGCAACAUCAGCAGCCAUUAGUAUCCCAGCAACCACAGCAGCAGCCAUCAGUAUCCCAGCAACAGCAACAACCACAGCAGAUAACUCUGGCCUCCCUCAGUAACCUUGUCAUGUGGGGCUCAGACAAACAGAACGGAGAGAUGGCUCACUGCAUCUCUGGUCUUGCAGCUAAUCUCAGUGUGACCUCUCAGGGCAGCUUACUCUUGGGCAGGGAGGAAGGGAUCAGCUGGCCAGUGGGAACGAUUCCUCAUGGAGCCACUCUGACGGUUAACACUAGCUCCGAUAUCAGCAUAAAAUCUGAGCCGGUGUCUCCUAAACGGGAUCGCAGUACACCCAGUUCCACCGCUGGUGCAGUAGGUGGCAUAUCAGGCCUAACUGUGACCCAGUAUCCAGGAACGCUGCGUUUGGAGCCCACCGGCCGCUCUCCAGUUGACAGCAUCAGCAGUAACGGCAGCUCUUAUGAGGGAAGUGAUCGAGAUGAUGGCGGGCAAACACGCCCUCCUGACUUCAACUCGGGUGGCCUGGGUCUCCUCCGAGUAUCUGGGGAUCAGCAGUCCCAAUCCGAGCAGCAGGAGUCCACCAAUGUCAAACGCAUGAGACUGGACACCUGGGUCACAUAAACAUUGAAGGAGACCGAGAGAGCUACUUCUCUCUCACACACACAAACACACAUUCACACACACACACACUGAAACACAACCACAACCUUAGUGGCACCUGCUUUCAGCAGCAAAUCUCAGUCCGCACUUAGACACAUGCAUGCGCCUGUCUUUCUCUCUGUCUCUCUCUCUUCCUGUCUUUAUCACUGUCUCACUCUCAGACACUCUUGUAUUUACAGGUGUGUGUAUAUGUAUUUAUAUAAUAUGCAUAUAUGCUCAAACACACACUAGAUCCUCAUACACAGUUGCCAAUUCAGGUGUAAAUGUAUUUAUGUAUAUGAGACUGAAGAGAUGAAUCAGGCAGGUGGCGUUCUGUCGUGUCUCUGAUCUUCUACCCCUGCUCAGUCCAGAAUUGAGGUGCAGAGAGGUUGUAUGGGAUUUCAGAUCAUCUUUUACUGGCCUUACUGUACACCUCACUCGACAUAUAAUGAUUUUCUCUGUGAUCAGUUCAGCGGUAUUGCUCAGUUAAAACAAUAUAACAGCCGCUUGUUAUGUUGUACAGAUAUGGUCUGUCUUUUUGUAUUCACUUUUCUUUCAUGAUUGCAUUUGCCAUUUACAUUCUUGUUUAACUUUCUCUUCUUUAUGAUUUCUUUUCUUUUCUCUGCUUGAGCACCAGGCUUUUAGAGUCUCUCUGUUCCUUUCAGGUUUUUUUAGGAUACAUUUUUUUUUAUAAAUUUGGAUCUUUAUAUUUAUGUCUCUUUAACUGUGCAAAAACUAAGCAUAAUUUGUGUGUGUGUUUGUCUGCUGUGAGACAGAGGUGCUCAUUUGUUCGAUUGCUAAACAGGAUGAUAUACUUCUCAUUGUUUAUUUUCCAUCUUUUUGUUGUAUUUCGCACCAGUCCCCUUGCUCGCACAAUUAUGGUGUGUGUGUUAAAGCACACACAGCGGAGCUGAGUUUGAGUUUGAGACGUGAUUGCUGCUCCGCAUCUUCAAUUUUCUGCACACCGGUGUGUAUGCGUGGACCGUAAAUGUGGUGUCGUUGAUGGAAAUGUAGCUCUAUCUGUACUAAUGAGAUCCAGUCCUGCAGGAAACAGACGUGUUUGUAUCAGCGUGCGGUGUGUUAUUCUGUGUGUGUUUGGCUGCGUUAUCUUUCAUUACUGUUGGUUUACGAGAGACGCACUCAGGCACAUUAUGCUAUAUUUAUUAUUUGUUUGCCUGACAGCAUAAUUCUGCGAUUAUUUAGUUAACUUUACAGGGCAAGUAUGCUUAGUUAUUGUUUUAAGGUUCCAUUAGAAGGACAAAACAUAUGUAGAAAAAGCCUGAGUUGUGAACUCAGGGUGAUGUGUUUUUAGACGUUGAGAUCAUGUAUAUACAAACAUUAUAUAAACAUUUCUCUCAGUGUUUCACUAAAGGUUUAUGUAUAGCAAAAAAUUGGUGUCAGACACAGCCCAGCAGAAAGGAAGAACUUUAGAACAGAAUUCUAAUCUUGGAGCUCUAACGAUACAUUUUUGUAGAAUUCUAGACCCGGAGAGGUGUGUGUGUGUGUGUGUGUGUGUGUGUGUGUGUGUGUGUGUGUGUGUGUGUGUGUGUGUGUGUGUGUGUGUGUGAAGAGAGUAGAAGCGUCGAGAUUGUACAUAGCAAUGUAUUAUCACAUAUAUACUGCUGGGUCUUUCUGAAGCAGUGCUGUAAUCUCAGUGGAACCGUCUCUGUCAGUCUUCACCUGUAAAUAAACUGUACUGUGUUGCAAGGUGGAGAGGCAGAGGAAGUAGGAUUUGACUGUUUUGAGUGUGACUCUUUUCUGUAGUUUUUAUUGUAAUGGCGCGUACUUUAAAUCUUUCCUCCUUGUCCACUCGCACACCUUCAAACACACACACAAUCUUUCUCGAGAGUGAUUUCAGGACUGCUCCUUCCUUACGGUUUCAUUCAGUAGAUCAGCCUAGUUCACUUUUACCCCUCUAACCCCAACAGGAAUAUUCAAGAGAGAUUUGCUGACAGCUUGGAGUGGAACACAACCUCCCUGUGUACAAGACUUCUCUUUUAAAGAUGUUUAAUAGUAUUCAGGGAAGGAUUUUUCAUGUUUUGUGAGAUCAUGGCUUAUAUUGCACUUCACAUGUUGAACAGUAAACAGUAAUAAAAUAAAAAUGUCACGUUUUGUUGAAGAACAAAAAAGACUCUGGAAAAAGAACGUUGUACUGAAAUUUAGAUUAGGUUUUACACGUGUUGCAAUGUGACUUAUGUACACAAAUGUGUUUUCUGUGCAUUAGUGUAUUCUCUAAGUGACAAAAAUGAAGAGUGUUUCUGUGACGUUUCCAAAAAUUACGAUCUAAUCUUAGAAAGUGCAGAAGGGAAUGGGGUUUUAAAUUAUUUCAAAUGUAUCGUAAUCUUCUUAUCCCCCCACAAUUAUGAUGUUUAAGCCUUUUAGAUAUUACUUUCAACUGUAAUUAGACAAACCUUUCCAUCAUCGGCUUCUCUACCUCACCUGCCCUUCUCCUUCCAUCCUCCAGUAUCUUUCUCUCCUUUUCUCCACUCCCUCGCUCACAGUGGAAGACAGAAGCCAUUUCAUUUCACCUCAAAAGGUGACCCAUCUUUGUUAAUGCAAAUUACACACACACUCACACACACACACACACACACACACAAUGGAUGCAGUACGAUGGGAGGCAGUUAGAGAGUAAGAGUUGGAUUAAGAGCGUUCACCUGUCAUGGGUGUAUUCAAACAUUUCGUCCAGUUGAGAUCUGGAAUCUACACAUCACAGAACUGCAUAAUAAUCCAGAAUUCGUAUCCAGCUCCCUUUGCUAAGGUUCUAGAGCUCCUGGGCAGAAGUAUUCUAGAACUCCAUCAUAGCAGAGUGAGGCCUCUACGGAGCACCUGUUGACUAAAGACUGUUGUGUCCUGAGCUUUGAACAAAUGCAUUGAUUUCAAUGUACGAUUAGGGUAACAGCCUUAUACUCAAUGUUGUGCACUGUAAAGCAACUGAUGCAUUAGGACAGUGUGGUGUUGAUUUAAGAGUAAGACGAUGUUUUAAAAGCUCUCACAAGGACCUCAUGAUAACAUUAGGAGUAAUCAAAGAAAAGACAAUCGUCCAGUGAAUAGUUUGGCCCCCGUAUUCCCUUUGUAUGAUGUCUAGAGAUUCUCACAUACUUUUUCUCAUUUUAAUUUGUGCUGGUGACAGUUUUAUUGUCUGUUUUUAUUUGAAUUGUUAUGAUGAUUAACGUUACCAUUAUGGUUAUCAUCACAUAUGGUAACAAUAAUGAUACAUUUAAAGAGACGAUUUUUAUUAUCUGCGGUUUUUGUGUAGGUUAGGCAUUCUAUUUUAUUUUAAUGUAAUUUUAUUUUAUUAUAUUUGAAUAUUAUAUAAAUAUAUUUUUCGUUUUCAUUUUUUUUUUUCAUUGUUUUCUUCAAAGGGUUGUUACUAAUAUUGCACGGUUUAUUAUGUAAAACAAAACAGUUGUAGUAAUAUUAGUACUUCUUGCUAAAUGAGGGAAGCGAUAAAACAGGUUCGAUAGAAUGACCAGUUCAAUGCUGCAAUUUUUUGUCAAUUGUACAAUAGUAUCUACACAGUUAAGGUGGUACAGCCACACAUUUAAUUUAUUCUGAUCAGACACAAUGCAUGGGCAUCAGACAAGCAAAGAAUGAGUCAUAUUAUAAAUAAACUGAAAUGUAAUUUCAAUAAGAGUAUAAAACACACAAAACUAGAAUAGAAAUUGAAGAAAAUAAAAUUAUAGCUAAUAUAUUGUGUUCGGCUAGUCUGCUUUGAGUUUUGUUGUAAAAAAUAAAGACAAAAAAAAUCUGUUUUCGGAGAAUGAUAUACAAUUUGUGUAUAUUUUCAUAAACAAAGUAUGCACUGAUAUGUUAUUACAAAUUCUAUACUGCUUUUACAAAAGAGUGUUUGUUAUUGUACCAAAGUAUCUAUUGUCCUUUAUGACCCUGCCCUUUUGCGUAUGUUUUAUUGUAUUUUAUAUAUUAAAUAGACAAGUUGACCUACACAGAAGUGUCAGUCUCUCUGUUUUGGAUGUUUCUGCAUGCUGAAUCAGUGGAUUGUCCUGUUGUUUGUGCACUAAUAAGACUUCUGUUAUCUUUUGUCAUGCCAAAGACCCAUUUUAAAUGUACACUUACAUUUAUAUUCAUUUAGCAGAUGCUUUAAUACAAAGCUACUUACAAAUGUGAAAAAACACAAACAGUGUAGUAUAUAACAAUAUUUCAUAGGAUUUACAGCUGAAGUAUUCAGUUU